AUGACCGAUAGCAAUAAACAACCUCGAGAAUCAAAACUAACGACUGUUCGAGACACGACGGUUACAUACAGAGAAUCUCCAUUUUUCGGCGAUUGCCGAGACGUGGAUGAUUUUCAAAAGCUUAAUCGCGUGGGUGAAGGUACAUAUGGCGUGGUCUAUAGAGUUAAAGAUACUAGAACCAAACAGAUCGUUGCAUUGAAAAAGAUUCGAAUGGAACGUGAAACCGACGGCAUGCCAAUUUCGAGUUUACGCGAGAUUAGUAUUCUAAAACGCAUGCGACAUCCGAAUAUUGUCAAUGUCACGGACGUUGCUGUGGGAGCCAAGUUGGAGUCUAUAUUUCUAGUUAUGGAGUACUGUGAACAGGACUUGGGAACUUUGCUGGACAUGGUGCCUACUGCUUAUACUCCUUCUGAAGUGAAAUGCCUGAUGCUACAAUUAUUACGCGGCCUUGAGCAUUGUCAUAGUCAAUCCAUUAUACAUAGAGAUUUAAAGAUGUCCAACUUAUUACUCACAUCCACUGGGUUAUUGAAAAUUGCUGAUUUCGGGCUGGCACGAACAGUCAGUCUACCAAGUAAACCAAUGACACCCAACGUUGUCACGUUGUGGUAUCGUGCACCUGAGCUACUUUUUGGAGAAGCCACGUAUACCACAGCAGUGGAUCUUUGGUCAGCUGGAUGUAUUCUGGGCGAGUUAAUGCAACAUCGGCCCCUGCUACCGGGCAACACGGAACAGGCAGAACUGGAUUUGAUUGUCAAGUUAUUGGGUACCCCCAACGAACACAUUUGGCCCGGAUUUUCUAAAUUGCCUUUGGCAAAGUCAUUGAUCUUACCAAAACAAGACUAUAACAAUAUCAAGGUUGUGUUUCCGCGUUUCAGUGAAAAUACUACGAACCUCUUGGCAGGUUUGCUGACAUACAACCCGCGAACUCGACUGACGGUAAAACAAGCACUAGCUCACGCAUACUUUUCCGAAUCACCUCGAGCACAAGAUCCAUCCCUUUUACCAACAUAUCCUGAGAUCAGAAACUUGGUUUCGGAAAAAGAAAAGUAA